ACGUGUAGCUGCGGGACUAGAGGCCCAGGGAACUCCUAGCGAGCAAACCUAGCUCGUUAGAGGCAGGUGUAGGACCCUGCGGGAGCGGACACCACCGCGAUUGCAAGAAGGGGAUUCUGUGCCCCGCGUCCCCUGCCCUGGCUUGGGCCGCUUGUGCGGCGCUCUUCGUUUCCGUUAAAGAGCUGACUGCUCAAUACGGAAGAGGGGCUGCUUCCCCCAUGCUCUCCCGCAGCUACGGGCUCACCCCUCCGGCUCGCCCCGUUAGCCCGCGACCCGGCUGGGAAACCCGCCCAGGAGCCCGCCGCCGGGGCGAGGGAGAGGCAGCGGCUGCAGCCAGCGGAGGAGCCCAGGGUCUGAGGGUCUGUAGGAAGCUCUUCAGUAGGACUGGAUUAUUUUGGAUCACUCGCUGCACUCUCCGGAAGGUCCUGCUAUGCUGCAUCCAGGCAUCCCAAUGGACCCAAAAUACUCAUGAAGCUAACCUUCUGGGUUUAAAUCCCCGUAUGAAAACUCAUGCAACUCUAUGUUCAAGUGCAGUAAAGAAACAAGACAAGAAACAGUGGAAAAGGAAUGCUGAUAAGAGCGGUUCAAACUGUGAGAUGCUAGAAAAUAAUUUUGAUGACAUCAAGCAUACGACUCUUAGUGAACGUGGGGCACUUCGAGAAGCAAUGAGGUGCUUAAAGUGUGCAGAUGCCCCCUGUCAGAAGAGCUGCCCAACUAAUCUAGACAUCAAGUCAUUUAUCACAAGUAUUGCAAACAAGAACUAUUAUGGAGCUGCCAAAAUGAUUCUUUCUGACAACCCACUGGGUCUGACAUGUGGAAUGGUUUGUCCAACCUCAGAUCUUUGUGUAGGUGGAUGCAAUUUAUAUGCUACAGAGGAGGGACCAAUUAAUAUUGGUGGAUUGCAGCAGUUUGCUACUGAGGUAUUCAAAGCUAUGAAUAUUCCUCAGAUUAGAAGCCCUUCCUUACCUCCCCCAGCAGAGAUACCUGAAGCCUACCAUGCAAAGAUAGCUCUCUUUGGUGCUGGGCCUGCAAGUAUAAGUUGUGCUUCUUUUUUGGCUCGAUUAGGUUACUCAAACAUCACCAUAUUUGAAAAACAGGAAUACAUUGGCGGCUUAAGUACGUCUGAAAUCCCUCAAUUCCGGUUGCCAUAUGAUGUAGUGAAUUUUGAAGCUGAGCUUAUGAAGGACCUUGGAGUGAAGAUCGUUUGUAGUAAAGGCCUUGGAAUAGAAGGAAUGACCAUCAACACCUUGAAGGAAGAUGGCUACAAAGCAGUCUUCAUUGGAAUAGGUAGGAAUGUCUUAUUCUCCUUUAUUUCAUUUUAUUUUGUUUUGUUGAAAAUGAGAAUGAUUUUUGCCAAUAAAUGGGCUGUAUUUCAGUAUCUUAGUCAGACAAGUUUAAAUGUCUUCAGUGUAAACCAAAUGAUGUGGUAAGAAAAAAAAUUCUCUUGUCUGUUUGAUUGGUUUGAAUCUGGCUUUCCCUGGCAGUUACUGCAAGCUGUUCCUGCCUGAUGGCAAUUCAGUGGUUAAUGUGAAUUAAUUUGGACAGUUCUUAGUGGACAGGUGAGCAUAUAAUAAAAAAAACUCCAUAACAAUUGGCACUAAAUGGCACUGUGUCUGGAAGUCUCAACAGAGACCAAAGAUUAAAUUGUGUUAUGCACAGACCUAACCUAUUGCACCUUGGGCUCCCUGUAGAUCAGGGUUGAAAGACAUAGGUAUGAUAGAAUCAAGAAGCUUGCACUGCUGCAGCUCGUACUAUAUCUGUGGCUAACAGAUCCAAUUUCCAACACUUUUCAUGAACUUUGAAA